AUGGUCCUGAUUGUACCGAGGUCGGACCACCAAGGGAAACACGCCCAAGAAGAGCACCAGUGUCUCCAUUCUGUCGAGUGUUGCCUACUAAAACUUGUCAAGGAGGGCGAACACUUCAUCAAUCCUUCCUUCCGAACCGAGUCUCCAAUACUGGUUGCCCCAGCCAUCGAGGCCGAAGACGUUGCGAACCCUGGGCACCGGGCCGAGAUCGAGACACAGAUGCAGGCUUCAUCGAGACCAGCUUUGUGUAACGUCUGUAUGAUAUUCACCGUGUCAAAAAGUGCGUCAGUAAAAUGGUGGCGAAGCAGUGCCGGCAUCUUUUACACGCGGCGUCGCGAUGCUGCCGCGAAGGUAGCCUUUAGUAGACCGGCAACAAGUUACCGUCGGAUGUUCCACCAACAACAUCAGCCACCAGGGACUUUCGUCCAUCAAUCAUACUGUCUAUCUAUCUCUUCCUCUUUUACUUCCGCCUUCUCUGGUCUUCAGCUUGCUGUGUUUGUCUAG